ACCAUGUGUGUCCUCUCUGUGUCCAGUGUCGUGAUAGAGUAAUAAAUCACUGGUCAGUCUCCCUGGGUAUAUAACAGGCCUGGGGCCACUGACCACUACUGGACGAUACCUGGUCAUAAGACACAAUGAGGGUUAACGUGCUUAUCCUUUUAGCUGGAGUGACGGUGAUGGCGGGGGCGGUGCCCAGUAGCCGUAUAGUAGGCGGGGCCCAGGCGGAUCCUAACGAGUGGCCGUGGCAAGUGUCACUACAGAGUCGUUCCGUCUUCUUCCUCCCUCCAUCCAACUUCUGCGGCGGAUCUCUCAUAGCCCCUGAUGUUGUGUUGACGGCUGCGCACUGCGUUGAUGGAACCAGUCCGUCGUCGGUGACUGUGGUGGCAGGUCUUCACCGCCAGGGGUCUACAUCAGGAUCUCAGACAGUACCGGUAUCUCGCAUCAUAAUGCAUCCGCAGUACGACAAUUCAGGUGCUGGAUUCCCUAACGACAUCGCCGUCUUGAGACUGUCUCGGUCAGUGAGUACUGCAGACAAGACUGCCCAAAUUGUUCAACUGCCAGGCGAGAACAUGAGUUUCCUUGACAACCCCGACUGUUGGAUCACUGGAUGGGGGAAAACUGAUGCUAACAGUGGCACGGCCGAAGUUCUUAUGGAGGCCCGGAUGGAAGUGAUCAGUAACGGUGACUGUGAACAGAGUUGGUCCCAGGUGUCGGGGGCUAGUAUCUACGACACACACAUCUGUAUAGAGGCCCAAGGCAAAUCCGCAUGUAGUGGAGAUUCCGGUGGCCCCCUAGUAUGUCGGGUUGAUGGGAAGUACGCCCUAGCUGGAGCCACGUCCUGGGGGAUCACCACAUGUGAGGGCUUUCCCAGUGUGUAUGUCCGGGUCAGCAAGUACCUUUCCUGGAUCAACAGCAACAUGUAACCAGACAAUGGAAAGCUUAUACUACUGUGCAAUAAAAUGUUAUACCGUAAAAUGUAGUGGUCUUUUUAUUGUUGACGUGA